AUGUCGUUCUCGCUUUCUUCGGAGUGGCAAGAACUUGCAAAGGGAGCUCACAAAAUGAAGAAAGUUCAUCAUGAGUGUAUUAAGAAAUUAUCGGAGCUUUCGAAAAUACAGGCAUCAUGUCUCAAAACAAUAAAACAUCAACAUCACAUUAUGGGUAAUCUCAAGGAACUUUUGAAGAAAGGAGUUGUCGAGAAUAUUCGAAAAGGUAUGACUGGUGUUCGAGCAAAGUUGAAAUCAAUGGAAUCUGAACUGCCUUCGCAAAAUAACGGAUUCUUUUUUCCGCUGAUUUUGAGAAAAAAUCGUAAUUUGUCUCUGUCAACCCAGGAUGAAAAGUAUAAGUGCAAAACGGAUUACGAGCUGUUCAAAUGGAAAGUGACACUAGCGAUUUUCGUUGUUGUUGUUCUUCCCUACCUAUUUCCAUGGAAAGUGAUGGAUACGACCGGCAAUUUUCUCAUAGUUUGGCAUUACUGUACACUAACCAUUUGGGAAAGCAUCCUCAAAAUUAAUGGAUCUCGAGUAAAAGGCUGGUGGGUGGCGCAUCACUACUUGUCCUGCGUUCUUUCUGGCAUUAAAGAUGGAGAAUGCUAUCAAACAUUUCUAACAAUAUCAAUCUCUCUGACUCGACGACUUCAUGCCCUCAGAGAAGGACAUCAAAUGGACAUUACUAAGCUUCAUACUUCGAGCUCCCAUAAAUGCGUGGUGGGCGUAGCAACCAAAUAUCGUCUAGCCGAGAAAAUGAGUCUUGGACACGAUCCGUCACGCGGGAUAGACAGAUUUAUUUGCCUCAAAUUUGGGUAA